UCCAGCGUCUCUGAAGGCUUUCAGCAGCAUCCUCACAUGGAAGACGAGAUCUCUCAAGAGUCCAGGGAUCUGGGCAGAGCUCUGUGCAUCAUCACAGGAGCUUCGAAAGGCUUCGGCCGGACGCUUGCGUUUCAGCUCAGCUGCCUACUGAAGCCCAGAUCCGUCCUGAUGCUGGUCGCUCGAACCUCAGAGCAGCUCAACCAGCUGAAGGAGGACAUCAUAACUCUGUACGGCAGACAGAACGAACUGGACGUCCGCUGCGUGCAAGCCGAUCUGGAGAAGAAGGAAGGUGUGGAAAAAACGGUUCAGGCAGCUAAAGAGACUUCGGUGUCAGAAAUGGACCACAUACUCCUGAUCAACAAUGCAGCGUCUCUGGGUGACGUGUCUCGCUUCGCUCUGACCUUCACGGAUCCUGCGGAGGUCAACCGGUACCUUUCUCUGAACGUCAGCGGAGCGCUCAGUCUGACCGCCGGCGUCCUUCAAGCGUUUCCUCGCCGUCUGGGUCUGCGGCGUUCGGUGGUCAACAUCAGCUCUCUGUGUGCGCUGAAGCCCUUCCCGUCCUGGGCCCUGUACUGCACCGGGAAAGCCGCCCGCGACAUGAUGUUCCGCGUGUUAGCCGAGGAGGAGCCGGAUGUAAGAGUGCUCAGUUACGCACCCGGUCCUCUGGACACAGACAUGCAGCUGCAGGCGCGGCGCUCCUCUGGAGAUCUGCAGCUGCGGCGCUCCUUCUCCUCCAUGUUCUCCGAGGGCCAGCUGCUCUCCUGCGAAGAGUCCGGAGCCAAACUCAUGAAGCUCCUGCUGGACAAUGACUUCCAGUCCGGCGCUCAUCUGGACUUCUAUGAGCUCUGAUGCCCACAGCUCUCAAACUGUACAUACUGUGCACAGAGGUUUAUAAUGUUGUGUCUAAUGUUGUUGAUAGAUUUCUAUUCUUUUUAGGUCUUAAAAAUCUGUUUAGAAAUGCUAUGUUUUUAUAAAAGGAAUAAAUGAAUGAAUGUUCAGGCAUUCUUUGUCUUUUACUGUGGCUGCUGUGGAGCACGAUAAAGCAGCUGAGGACAUCUGGUGGUGUUCCUGCACAAAU